AUGUCUUGUCACAAUUGUGCACGGAGAACGCUCGGCCUCUUCAUCCGCUCCUUUGCCAAUGUAGAGCCUACAUUCGCCCCGAAGCGCACCUUGAUCAGAAAUGCGCAGCCAUCGCGUCUUCUACACGCAUCCACCGCCCGUGCACCAUACAAAUCCGACCAGCGAGACCGAGCAGCCCCACCAACACAAAAGGAGGCCGAUAUAGAAGCCAUUGCAGAAAAUGCAGAAAACGCCGAAGACGACGCCCUUCCAGCCAAAUACGAACGUCCAGCAUGGCAAGCCCACAAAGCCGCACUGAAAGAGAAACUCAAUGGUGAAGCCUGGAACCCGCGCAAGAAGCUCUCACCCGACACGAUGGAAGGCAUACGGCACCUGCACAGCACCCAGCCCGACAAAUUCACAACACCUGUCCUCGCGCAACACUUCAAAGUCUCGCCCGAAGCUAUACGCCGCAUACUGAAGAGCAAAUGGCAACCGUCCGACGAAGAAUACGAAGCGCGAAUGGAGCGGUGGAAUAAGAGAGGAGAGAGGAUCUGGACAAAUCUGGUCGAGAUGGGUGUCAAGCCGCCGAAGAAGUGGAGGGAGAUGGGUGUGGGGAGGGCGAGGGGUGGAGAGCGGCCGAAGUGGAAGUCGGAUAGGAGGAAUUUGGUGCAUGUGCGGGACAGUGCGAGUGAUAGUUUUGUGAUGGAUGAUGGCGAUAUUAUUCCGAUUGUGGAUGGGACUGGGAAGGCGAGACGCGCGCCGGAUAUACCACUGACAAGACGUUUGUAG